CAUGCAAGAUGGCGGCCCAUCACCGACAGAACACGGCAGGGCGGCGGAAAGUGCAGGUCUCCUAUGUCAUUCGAGAUGAAGUGGAGAAGUACAAUCGCAAUGGAGUCAAUGCCCUGCAGCUGGAUCCAGCGCUGAAUAGACUCUUCACUGCCGGUCGAGACUCCAUCAUAAGAAUAUGGAGUGUCAAUCAGCACAAGCAAGAUCCAUAUAUAGCGUCCAUGGAACACCAUACCGAUUGGGUAAACGACAUUGUACUCUGUUGUAAUGGGAAAACAUUAAUAUCUGCCUCUUCUGACACGACAGUAAAAGUAUGGAAUGCGCAUAAGGGAUUUUGCAUGUCCACCUUAAGGACACAUAAGGAUUAUGUAAAAGCCUUAGCAUAUGCCAAGGAUAAAGAGCUGGUGGCGUCGGCUGGGUUGGACAGACAAAUAUUCCUGUGGGAUGUGAAUACUCUAACAGCGUUGACUGCCUCAAAUAACACUGUCACAACUUCUUCUUUAAGUGGGAACAAAGAUUCCAUUUACAGCCUGGCAAUGAAUCAGCUGGGAACAAUCAUCGUAUCGGGGUCCACUGAGAAGGUUUUAAGAGUGUGGGAUCCAAGAACAUGUGCAAAACUAAUGAAGCUUAAAGGGCACACGGAUAAUGUGAAGGCAUUGCUGUUGAACAGAGAUGGCACACAGUGCCUUUCCGGCAGUUCUGAUGGCACAAUUCGCCUUUGGUCCCUCGGCCAACAGAGAUGUAUAGCGACGUACCGAGUUCACGAUGAAGGUGUCUGGGCUCUGCAGGUCAAUGAUGCCUUCACACACGUGUAUUCUGGAGGACGGGACCGGAAGAUUUACUGUACGGACCUAAGAAACCCUGACAUCCGGGUGCUCAUUUGUGAAGAAAAAGCACCAGUUCUCAAGAUGGAGCUUGAUAGAUCAGCUGAUCCCCCUCCGGCAAUCUGGGUUGCAACAACUAAGUCUACAGUAAAUAAAUGGACCCUGAAGGGAAUUCAUAAUUUCAGAGCCUCUGGAGAUUAUGACAAUGACUGCACAAAUCCUCUGACGCCCCUUUGUACGCAGCCGGACCAGGUUAUUAAAGGAGGUGCUAGUAUCAUUCAGUGCCACAUUCUUAAUGACAAGAGACAUAUAUUAACCAAAGAUACCAAUAAUAAUGUGGCAUAUUGGGAUGUGUUGAAGGCGUGCAAAGUGGAAGAUCUGGGCAAAGUGGAUUUUGAAGAUGAAAUUAAGAAAAGAUUUAAAAUGGUGUAUGUGCCAAACUGGUUCUCGGUAGACUUAAAAACCGGGAUGCUGACUAUCACUUUGGAUGAGAGUGACUGCUUCGCUGCCUGGGUUUCUGCAAAAGAUACAGGCUUCAGCAGCCCUGACGGGUCAGACCCAAAACUGAACUUAGGAGGACUCCUACUUCAGGCACUCCUGGAAUAUUGGCCUAGAACACACGUGAAUCCAAUGGAUGAAGAAGAAAAUGAAGUAAACCAUGUGAACGGGGAGCAAGAGAACCGGGUGCAGAAGGGAAACGGGUAUUUUCAAGUGCCCCCCCACACACCCGUCGUCUUCGGCGAAGCUGGAGGCCGCACGCUGUUCAGGUACUUACAGGGGGGGCCGAGGCCUGAUCGAGAAAGCGAUAAAUUCCUAGAAGUGGAAUUGCUGGAUCAAAGGAAGAAUAUGCCCAAAUUCAACAAAAUUCCUUUCUACCUCCAACCUCAUGCAUCUUCGGGAGCAAAAACCUUGAAAAAAGACAGACUCUCUGCUAGUGACAUGCUCCAGGUCCGGAAAGUAAUGGAACACGUUUAUGAGAAAAUCAUCAACUUGGAUAAUGAGUCUCAAACCACUAGCUCUUCUAAUAAUGAAAAAGCGGGAGAACAGGAAAAAGAAGAGGAUAUUGCUGUGUUGGCAGAGGAGAAAAUUGAACUUUUGUGCCAGGACCAGGUUUUAGAUCCAAACAUGGACCUUCGAACCGUGAAGCACUUCAUAUGGAAGAGUGGUGGCGACCUGACCCUCCAUUACCGUCAGAAGUCAACGUGAAGGGUGGGCAGAUGCUCCUAGGUUUUCAUGUACUGACCUUCCUCUACGGCCCCAAGAGUAGUCCUAGGAAGCCAACGCCCACACGGGAGCAAGACUUCUAACGGCCGAUUCGGUAUGGACCAGGCUUGUCUUUCAAUUGAAGUGACUAAUUGAGAUGUAAUAUACAAAGUAGAUCGCGCUGUCCCCAGGGAGGCAGAUACCAGAGCAGAGGACCCCGGGUGCCUUUGUAUUGUGAGGUGUACAGAGAAGUGGCAACAGGCCAGUGCAGACUGCUUCCUUCUUUUGUCUCCAAGGACCAUAUCCUUGUCCACUAGCACGUGUUAAAGGCCACAUCCGUCCCUGUGUUUCAGAUGUACUUCAGCCCACACAUUCUGUAGCUCUUCUCACUCCAUUCCAUUCAUGCAGUACCUAUGAAGGCCUUUUCCAAGUUUGUCAUAAAAAAAUCAAAAAUCCAGUCAUUAUCACCUUUUACAGACAGUUAUUUUAAUGGGGACUUGCUGCUGCAGAAUUGGAGAUGGAGCGCCAGCCCAUUUCGUAGUAAAUGAUUGACAUUGGGCUUGUUUUUAAUACUGCGUCUCAGAUGUGUUAUUGUAGGAAGAGCUGUUGAAAUUCAGGUACUGGAUCACAGCACAUUGACUGCCGGGCCGGAGGACGUCCUGCCCGGGCCCGGCAGUGCCGCAGCCGCACGAGGCGCUGGGCCGUGGGAGCCCCUGGGAAGCGCAGCUGACCUGUCCUCCUGCACUGUGUCCAGCUUUCUGUGUGGGCAGAGCCAACUGACACCCCACAUUCUUGCUCUGGGUAAGCAGCCUGAUACCGUCAGAACUUAGGACAAUGACGAAAUUUUAAUUUCAUUUGAAUGCUCCCUAAAAAGUACGGUGUCAGGGUGCAGAGAUGUCCUGGUGACCUGAUCUGAUCCUCGCAUUCUGGAAGUGUACGUACUUGUUUUAUACACAGGUUUUGGUCGUUGUUCCUGUAUCCAAGUCUUCUUUCCACUGUACUUUCUAACCGUUGAAGGCUUUCAUAGUCAUUUGGAUCUUGUGCAGAAUAUAACUUAUUGGGGAUAAACACUUCAACUUUUGGCAGAAAAAGUACCUCGGCUCCUCCCCCAGGUCAUCUGUAUUUGGAGGAGAUGAGCCGUCCCCGCUGUCCCCCCACCCGCCGUGGAGAACAGGCUCCUGUGAGAAGCCAGAAGCACAAGUGCCUUCAGAGGGCAGUUAUUCCGGUCCAGCUCCUCCCCACUGUGUGGCCUGUCCCCACAGCCAGGGCUGGGGAGCAGCCGGGAAGGGGGCAGCUGGUGGGCCUGGGCCCAGGUGUUCCCAUUUAAGACCUUCUGACCCGCACAGCUGCAGGGGCAGGGUUCCCUCACUGCUGGCCAGCUUUCUCCGGGAAGCAGGCAGGCAUUGCCUCCUGUACGCUGGAGAGAGAAGUGAGCAGAGACAUGGCCACGUUCCUAGUGAGCUGAAACGGCCUUUACCCCUUCCACAGAGAGCAACUUGGCUUCUUUUUUUAAAAGUCCUUUCUAUGUAUCUCUUGGAUACAACAGUGCACUUUGGGUGCACAUUUUUUAGCAAUAGUUAGGAAUUAAUGGCAGAAAAAACAAACAACAUAACUAUGGUAACUCCCUUACCAGCCCUCACUGUUUGUGCGCGGGGCCCCCGAGGUGGAGGGCCAAGUGAGUUGUGCUGGGAACCCGCCCGCCGUGCCUCGGGGGGCCCGCCCGCCCUGUCAUCCAUCUCACCCCCCAGCAUGGUUGUAGUUUUCUUCUUCCAGUCAAACCAGUAAUCAUUUUCCAGAAAAUCCGACAGUCUGCAAUGCCAGAAGGGUAAAAAUCUGUAUUUCACAGUUGUAUAGAAUAAAGGCUUUAGUUAAAAUAUUA